UAGGGGUACGCGCGCAUCUCGUGUGCUGAUACGGUGAACGUAGCCGGGGUGGGCGCAGCCUGUCGUGUCUUUCACUCGGUUUGUGUUCGGGUCCCAACGCACUCCUCUUCGUAGGCCGCGCUUCGUGUUCCGUCCACAUCGCACCAAAACAGCUGUUAACCCGGAGAGUUCCAUUUCAUUCUUACUGUCUUUUUUCGGUGCCACCUGAACUUCUACAGGGAUGGUGACCUCGGCGGUGCUGGGAGCUGCUGCUGGUACUGGGCUGGCACUUGUCGUGGCCAUGACGAUUGUCGUGUAUCGAUACUACGCGCUGCGGAGACGCGGCAAAGACUGGAGUCAGCUGGAGCGAUUUGGAGACACGGGCCUGCUGGGUGCCGAGUGGCCGAGCUUCAAGAAGAGAAAACAGCACCAGACCAUCUACACUGUGACGAAGAAGGAAUUCAAUGUGGCCAAGGAGCAACAUGCUGUGCAGCCAGUACCGACCGUAGCUCCACAUUCUGUGAACCCUGAACUGAUGAGGUCACCACUGGACUCCUCCCCCAUUCUGACUCAUCAGUCCAAGUCUUAUCCAGGAGGACAGCCCCGACUGGCCAGAACGCCAUCGGUGUCCUCUCAGAGCAGCCUCGACAGCAGCGUUUCCAGACAGGGUCAUCGAGGCUCUUCUCCACAAAUAAGGACAUUUGCACCAGAUGGCCGAACCACCAGUUCAUCAGCAUUACAUCACCUCCAUGCAGCACAAUCUACAGACCCCGGUUCUGCAUCCACUAAUAAUCAAAGUCGCUCUCCAUCUCCUGGAUCAUGUCAUAGAGCUGCAUCCCUGGACAUGAGGUGUUCAUCCCCUGGUGGAGCCUCUUCUGCUUUCUGUGGCUCUACAGGGGAUCUUCGAACCCCAUCCCCAUCGCAGUCAUCCCUCGCAUCACUCACUGACCGCGGGUCAGCCUCUUCAGUGUGUAAUUCACCAGUACCACCGCAAUCACCAAGAGGUGCAGCCAUUUCCAGAUGUUUGUCUCCCUUGCUGAUUCCUCCAGUCCCUUCUAGGUCGCUUGUAUCUGAUCCUCCAGCACCACCUGCAUCACCACUAGGAGCCCUGCAACCAGACUUAUACCAACGUCAGGAUGGUCCGCUGUUUCUAGGAAGCCGAAGAUCAGGACCAAGUUUAGGGAGACUUCACCUCAGGCUUAAAUAUGACUUUGAUAGAUCUGACCUUCACGUUCAUCUCAUUGAAGCACAUGACCUUGCAGGAAGUGACCAGGGUGGAUUCAAUGACCCUUAUGUGCGUUUGAGUCUUGUUCCUGCAGUAGACAAUCGCAAAAGGCAGACAACAAUUCACCGGAAUGAUCCAAACCCAUUUUUUGAUCAGCAUUUUAAGUUUCCAGUAUCUCACGAAGACUUGCAGGAAAAAACAUUGGUGCUACAGGUGUUCGAUUAUGACCGUUUCUCACGCAAUGAUGUUGUGGGUGAAGUGUGUAUGAGCAUGGAUGAAUUUGAUGUUGCAUCAAAUGUGGAAGUGUGGGGUGAGAUAACCAAAAACAAGAAGCCUCCAGAAGAGAUGCAGGAAGUGCUCCUCUCACUGAGCUACCUGCCUUCUGCUGAAAGGCUUACAGUUGUGUUGCUCAAGGCACGGAACCUAUUCUUACCAAAGGAUAAAGACAAUAUAGAUCCAUUUGUCAAGGUGUACUUACUGAGUGGAGGGAAGAGGGUGAAGAAAAAGAAAACAGCUGCACGGAAAGGCACCUGCAACCCAGUCUGGAAUGAAGCCCUUACUUUUAAUGUGGCUUCUUCAAGUCUAUCUAAUGCUGCUGUUGAGGUAUGUUUGAUAGACCAAGGAAAUGAUCUGAUUGGCAACAACCCACUUCUAGGCUCUUUUGUCAUUGGACCAGAAGAAGAGGGACCUGAACGAGACCACUGGUGUGACAUGACACAGAGUCCUCGUAAAGCAGUUGCCAUGUGGCACACACUUCGAUAAAGAGAACCACUACAGAGUUGGCUGUCACAAUAUUUAUAGGUAACACCCCAUUUAUGCUUGAGAGGAGAAAUAUUCUGAAAUGGAUGAGGUUCAUAGGUAACACUGUAUACUCCAUGCAUCUGGUAGGUACAAGCCUGUUAUUUGUUGUUUCUGGAUGUGCACAUUGUGGCAACAAUGUUACAGCAUGUUAAACCAAAGAUGUUUAAUAUAAGAAAAGCGAAGAUACUGAUAUCAGAAAGUAUUUUAAAUUUAUAUAAUGGUGAUAUUAACCAUUAUAAAUCUGUAUCAUAUUGAUCACUUAGCAGUUCAGAUGAGUAAGGCCACAUCUUCACCCAGUUAACACAUUUACAUUAAAAGACUAAUGAAUGAUAUACUCACAUAAAAAUGUGUUUCCAGUUGUAUAUGCCCAUGUUAACCUUUAAAGGCCCAGCAUAUCUUUUAUGUGGUAUCCCUAGUUGGCCCACUAUAGACUUCAGGAUAUUGCAUCAUAUAACAUGGCUUUGUGAUUGUUGUACUUCAUUCUGAUUGAUGAAAACCAUGUCAGUGUACUCGAGGAGGACAGUCCAUAUAACCUUCAUAAUUUUCUUGUCCAAAGGGUCUCUUUUCUUUCUUUUAUAAAUAUUUUUGCACUGCCUCCCUUAACAACUAACAGCUAAGAAAUGUAAGUGGGAAUUACCUUCUGAUUUUCAGCUGUACUCUGUAACUUUCAAAUAAACAUUGAGCACCAGGCUGUAAACGCAGCAAAGUUAAAAAUCUUGAUGUGAAAGGGCACAAUUAAAAUGCUGAUUACACACUGAUAAAUGAUCCAGAAUCAUUUCUGUAUUAAUUUUUUAUUUGUGUAGAUUUAAUUAUAACAUUAUUUUUACAGAGUAGUUCCAUAUGUGUGUGCUUCAUUUAGGGAUUCAAUUAUGCAGUUACACACUUUAGUUAGUAAUUUUCUUGUAUAAUUUUGGGUCUCACAGAAGCAGAAAAUUCUAGAAGAGUUUAUAUAGUUUACUAGUACACUAAUAUGUGCCUGCUUUGAUUUAGUGGUUCAAUUCACCCUUCCUUUAUUAUUGGUGUUUGCUGGUCAGAUGUGCACUGUGUAUUUGCAUUAAUUUUUUUAUUUAUGUAAUAAAAUGUAUUACCAGUAAAUAAAUACAAAAAGGGUGUUAGAUACAUCCUCUUUAUUAGAUGAAUUCCGUGGGCAAAACAGCCAGCUAAACAAUUGUUGUGCUUUUCCAAUUCAAGAAUUUCGUACCCCAUUAAAAUGUAUGCUGAAAAUCAAAAUUUAUAUUCCAGUUCUCAAAGUGUGUACUAUGACCUGUCAGGAUUAUGUAGCAAGGAAUGAUGUCAUUUGGAGAUGAAAGUAAAUACUUUAAUAACUGAUCUGAUAUGAUGAUAUGGUGGGAAAAGAUGUUUGGCUGUUGUCACUGUCAGUGAAUGUGUUAAUCUCUAUUUGGUCCAGUAGGUGUAUGAAUUAAAAACUGCCCCAGUGUCAGUAAUUUUACAAUGAGACAAUGAAUAAAUAUUUAAACACAAAAAGAUGAGUAUAUUACUAGUAUCACAUUUGCUCAAUUUCCAGGAUGGACAAAUCUAGCUAUAACUAAUUCAUACUUGCACUCUUCUCUCUGCUGACAAAUUUUUCAUGCAGUUUGAAGGACAACUUGUGCUUAACCCUUUCAGUGCUACUCAUAAUAUAUCUUAUUUUCGACACACGUCUCUUUAUGAUAAAACAGUGAAAAAACUCUGCACUGGUCUGUUUUCAUGUGGAUCUAGAGAAGUGUGGAAAAACCUACUACAAUAGAGUAUGGUACAAAUAUUUUCUGAAGUGUUACAAAUCUCAUAUCACACUUGUCCUUGUAUUAAUUUAUUAUAGAUAGAAAUCUAUUAUUGAAAAAUCAUCCACACUGGAUAUCACAGUGUACACAGUAAUACAAUUAUGCUUUUUCUUGUCUUUCAAUAAAUAUUCACAUAUCAAAUGUUUCAAAUAAAACUUGAUCUUGAUGAGAUCUGUAUUUUAUAUCAUGUAUUAAUUAUUUUUAUACAAUGAACCAAUAUUGAGAAAAUCACUAAAGCUAUAUUUGAAUUUUAUACACAAUAGGAGUUUUACUGGACCAAUAUGAACCAAAAUCAAAUACAUGAACAACUUUUAGUAGAGAUUUUAAACACUAAAUUUCAUAAAAAUUUGUUCUGUAGUUUGAGGGGUGAAGCAUGUGGGUGGAUGGACAGACACAAUAGCAACAUUAUGCAAUUUAAUGCACUUUAUGUGAAGAAACUAGCUAUGAAAGGGUUAACCUUGUUGCUUAUUUAAGCUGUCCUCUUGUUGAAUCUGGUAUCUGGGGUAGUAGUUUGCAGCAGGCUUCAGCUGUUUCUUCCCAUUCUCUUUUCAUUUCAGCAUCCAUAAUCAUCUCUUAUUCUAUAUGAUAUAACAAUUUCAGCAGUUGAAUCCACAAACCAACCUGGCAAAUGUUUAGUGCUGAGACUUUUGUAAAAUCCCUAAGCAGGUUCUGAUGAACAGCAUGUAUUAAAAUUAUAAUUGUCAUUUAUACAGUGUUAUCGUGUGACAAGGAAUACUUAUACAUAGUUGUGUAUAAAAUAUGCAUAUUUGUUUCUGCAGUUUAAGUACACAUCUACACUAAA